CUCUCCAUCGCCCCCAGGACAUGCUCAUGCAGUUGGCAAAGGCUGUGGCCAGUGCCGCUGCUGCGCUGGUGCUGAAAGCCAAGAACGUGGCUCAGAAAACCGAGGACUCGGCACUGCAGACGCAGGUGAUCGCAGCCGCUACGCAGUGCGCACUCUCCACCUCCCAGCUGGUGGCCUGUACCAAGGUAGUGGCUCCCACAAUCAGCUCACCGGUUUGCCAGGAGCAGCUCAUUGAGGCUGGCAAGUUGGUGGCCAAAUCAGCGGAGGGCUGUGUGGAGGCCUCCAAAGCAGCCACCAGCGAUGACCAGCUCCUCAAGCAGGUGGGGAUGGCAGCCACGGCGGUCACGCAGGCCCUGAACGACCUGCUGCAGCACAUCAAGCAGCACGCCACGGGCGGGCAGCCCAUUGGGCGCUAUGACCAGGCCACCGACACCAUCCUUAACGUCACCGAGAACAUAUUCAGCUCCAUGGGCGAUGCAGGAGAGAUGGUGCGGCAGGCUCGUAUUCUGGCCCAGGCAACCUCCGACCUGGUCAAUGCCAUCAAAGCCGAUGCCGAGGGAGAGACAGACCUGGAGAACUCGCGCAAGCUGCUGAGUGCUGCCAAGAUUCUGGCCGACGCCACUGCCAAGAUGGUGGAGGCUGCAAAGGGAGCUGCAGCCUACCCAGACAGCAAGGAACAGCAGCAGCGGUUGCGUGAAGCAGCUGAGGGGCUCCGCAUGGCAACAAAUGCUGCAGCUCAGAACGCCAUUAAGAAAAAGCUUGUGCACAAGCUUGAGCACGCGGCCAAGCAGGCCGCAGCGUCGGCCACGCAGACCAUCGCAGCCGCGCAGCAUGCAGCACUCUCCAACAAGAACCCCGCAGCGCAGCAGCAGCUGGUGCAGAGCUGCAAGGUUGUGGCAGAUCAGAUCCCGAUGCUGGUACAAGGCGUACGGGGAAGCCAGUCCCAGCCGGACAGCCCCAGCGCCCAGCUGGCUCUCAUUGCUGCCAGCCAGAACUUCCUGCAGCCCGGUGGGAAGAUGGUAGCUGCAGCCAAGGCCACUGUCCCCACCAUUACAGACCAGGCCUCUGCUAUGCAGCUCAGCCAGUGUGCCAAGAACUUGGCUGCAGCUCUGGCUGAGCUCCGUACGGCUGCACAGAAGGCUCAGGAGGCUUGUGGGCCUCUGGAAAUAGACUCUGCCCUGGGCCUUGUGCAGAGCCUGGAGAGGGACUUGCAGGAAGCCAAGGCAGCUGCCAGGGACGGCAAACUGAAGCCUCUGCCGGGAGAGACGAUGGAGAAGUGUGCCCAGGACCUGGGGAACAGCACGAAAGCUGUCAGCUCUGCUAUUGCUCACCUCCUUGGAGAGGUGGCCCAGGGCAACGAGAACUACACAGGAAUUGCUGCCCGAGAGGUGGCCCAGGCCCUGCGGUCACUCAGCCAGGCUGCCCGUGGCAUCGCAGCCAACACCUCGGACCCGCAGGCACAGAGUGCCAUGCUGGAGUGCGCUGGCGAUGUCAUGGAUAAAGCAAACAACCUCAUUGAGGAAGCACGAAAAGCUGUGGCCAAGCCUGGUGACCCAGAGAGCCAGCAGCGUCUGGCCCAGGUAGCCAAGGCAGUGUCUCAGGCCCUGAAUCGCUGUGUGAACUGCCUCCCUGGGCAGCGGGAUGUGGACGCUGCCAUCCGUACCGUGGGCGAGGCCAGCAAGAGGCUGCUGGCAGAUUCGUUCCCACCCAGCAACAAGAGCUUCCAGGAAGCGCAGAGCCAGCUGAAUCAAGCAGCAGCAGGUCUCAACCAGUCUGCCAACGAGCUGGUGCAGGCAUCACGUGGCACCCCUCAAGACCUGGCCAAGUCCUCUGGCAAAUUUGGGCAAGACUUCAAUGAGUUCUUGCAGGCUGGAGUGGAGAUGGCCAGCCUGUCCCCGACUAAGGAAGACCAGGCCCAGGUGGUGUCAAACUUGAAGAGCAUCUCCAUGUCCUCCAGCAAGCUGUUGCUGGCUGCGAAGGCACUUUCUGCUGAUCCCACAUCCCCCAAUCUCAAGAAUCAGCUAGCAGCAGCUGCACGGGCUGUGACUGACAGCAUUAACCAGCUGAUCACGAUGUGCACCCAGCAGGCUCCAGGCCAGAAGGAGUGUGACAAUGCUCUGAGGGAGCUGGAGACUGUGAAGGAACUGUUGGAGAACCCCACUCAGACCGUUAAUGACAUGUCCUACUUCAACUGCCUUGAUAGUGUUAUGGAAAACUCCAAGGUUCUGGGGGAGUCCAUGGCUGGGAUUUCCCAGAACGCGAAGAACAGCAAACUGCCGGAGUUCGGAGAGUCCAUCAGUGCAGCCUCCAAAGCUCUGUGUGGCCUCACAGAGGCAGCAGCCCAGGCCGCCUACUUCGUGGGUGUCUCAGAUCCCAACAGCCAGGCGGGGCAGCAGGGCUUGGUAGACCCCACUCAGUUUGCCAGAGCCAACCAAGCCAUCCAAAUGGCCUGCCAGAACCUCGUGGACCCUGCAUGCACACAGUCCCAGGUGCUGUCAGCAGCCACCAUCGUAGCUAAACACACUUCAGCCCUGUGCAACACAUGCCGACUGGCCUCCUCCCGCACUGCCAACCCUGUCGCCAAGCGCCAGUUUGUCCAGUCGGCCAAGGAAGUAGCCAACAGCACUGCCAACUUGGUGAAGACUAUCAAGGCUCUGGAUGGUGCUUUCAACGAGGAGAACCGGGAGAGGUGCCGUGCAGCUACAGCCCCUCUCAUAGAGGCUGUGGAUAACCUGACAGCCUUUGCCUCCAACCCAGAGUUUGCCACUGUUCCUGCCCAGAUCAGCCCCGAGGGCCGCAGAGCCAUGGAGCCCAUCAUCUCUUCUGCCAAGACCAUGCUGGAGAGCUCCGCGGGCCUUAUCCAGACCGCCCGCUCUCUAGCCGUCAACCCCAAGGACCCGCCCCAGUGGUCGGUGCUGGCUGGCCACUCUCGCACGGUCUCUGACUCCAUCAAGAAGCUGAUCACCAACAUGAGGGACAAAGCUCCUGGACAGAGGGAGUGUGACGAGGCCAUCGAGGUCCUGAACAGGUGUAUGCGGGAAGUGGACCAGGCUUCCCUUGCUGCCAUUAGCCAGCAGCUGCCCCCCCGAGAAGAUAUUUCCCAGGAGGCUUUGCACAACCAGAUGAUCACAGCUGUUCAAGAAAUCAGCAACCUGAUUGAACCAGUGGCCAGUGCAGCCCGGGCUGAGGCCUCUCAGCUGGGGCACAAGGUGUCCCAGAUGGCUCAAUACUUUGAGCCACUCAUUAUGGCAGCGAUCUCCAAAACACCCAACCACCAGCAGCAGAUGAACCUCCUGGACCAGACCAAAACCCUGGCUGAGUCUGCCCUGCAGAUGUUGUACACUGCCAAGGAGGCUGGUGGGAACCCCAAGCAAGCUGCCCACACCCAGGAGGCUCUGGAGGAGGCCGUGCAGAUGAUGAAGGAAGCCGUGGAGGACCUGACCACCACACUGAAUGAGGCAGCCAGCGCUGCCGGUGUCGUUGGCGGUAUGGUAGAUUCCAUGACCCAGGGCUUCAACCCCUGUGGGCUGGGGCUGUUGCCAAACUCUUCUGGUCUUCUCUUGCAGCUGGAUGAGGGACCAGUGGGUGAGCCAGAGGGAUCCUUUGUGGACUAUCAGACUACCAUGGUGAAGACAGCCAAAGCCAUUGCAGUGACUGUGCAGGAGAUGGUCACCAAAUCCACUACCAACCCUGAUGAGCUGGGCACCCUGGCCAACCAACUCACCAAUGAUUAUGGGCAGCUGGCACAAGAGGCCAAGCUGGCAGCACUCACUGCUGAGAAUGAAGAGAUUGGCUCCCACAUCAAGCGCCGGGUGCAGGAGCUGGGUCACGGCUGUGCUGCCCUGGUAACCAAGGCUGGCGCCCUGCAGUGCAGCCCCAAUGAUGCCUACACCAAGAAGGAGCUGAUAGAGAGUGCGCGCAAGGUUUCCGAGAAGGUGUCUCACGUGCUGGCAGCCCUGCAGGCUGGGAACCGCGGCACGCAGGCCUGUAUUACAGCAGCCAGUGCUGUCUCUGGCAUCAUUGCUGAUCUCGACACCACCAUCAUGUUUGCCACUGCAGGAACCCUCAACCGGGAGAACUCUGAGACCUUUGCUGACCACAGGGAGGGCAUCUUGAAGACAGCCAAGGCGCUGGUGGAGGACACCAAGGUGCUGGUGCAGAAUGCCACAGCCAGCCAGGAGAAGCUAGCCCAGGCUGCCCAGUCCUCUGUGUCCACCAUCACACGCCUGGCAGAAGUGGUGAAACUGGGGGCUGACAGCCCAAGUUCUGAAGACCCUGAGACUCAGGUGGUUUUGAUCAAUGCUGUGAAGGAUGUGGCCAAGGCACUUGGAGACCUGAUCGGUGCCACCAAGGCAGCUGCCGGCAAAGCUGGGGAUGACCCUGCUGUCUACCAGUUGAAGAACUCUGCCAAGGUGAUGGUCACAAAUGUCACUUCCUUGCUGAAGACUGUGAAGGCUGUUGAGGACGAGGCCACAAAGGGAACGCGGGCACUGGAGGCCACGAUAGAGCACAUACGCCAAGAGCUGGCAGUCUUCUCCAGCCCAGUGCCUCCUGCCAAGACCUCAACUCCAGAGGACUUCAUCCGUAUGACAAAAGGCAUCACAAUGGCAACAGCCAAGGCUGUGGCUGCUGGCAACUCGUGUCGGCAGGAGGAUGUCAUUGCCACGGCGAACCUGAGCCGCCGCGCCAUCGCUGACAUGCUGCGCGCCUGCAAGGAGGCUGCCUAUCACCCAGAGGUGAGCGCGGACGUGCGGCAGCGAGCGCUGCGCUUCGGCAGGGAAUGUGCCGAUGGAUACCUGGAGCUGCUGGAGCACGUCCUGGUGAUCCUGCAGAAGCCAACGCACGAGCUGAAGCAGCAGCUGGCUGCAUACUCUAAGCGCGUGGCCAGCUCCGUCACUGAGCUCAUCCAGGCUGCCGAGGCCAUGAAAGGGAUGGAAUGGGUUGACCCAGAAGAUCCCACCGUCAUUGCUGAGAACGAGCUGCUGGGGGCAGCAGCUGCCAUUGAGGCUGCAGCCAAGAAAUUGGAGCAGCUGAAACCAAGGGCCAAGCCCAAGCAAGCAGAUGAGAGUCUGAACUUUGAGGAGCAAAUUCUAGAAGCUGCCAAGUCCAUUGCUGCAGCCACAAGUGCCCUGGUGAAGGCAGCCUCAGCAGCCCAGCGAGAAUUGGUGGCCCAAGGAAAGGUGGGCACCAUCCCGGCCAAUGCAGUGGACGAUGGGCAGUGGUCCCAGGGACUCAUUUCAGCCGCGCGCAUGGUGGCUGCCGCCACCAACAACCCGUGCGGCAAUGCAGCAGUGCAAGGCCACGCCAGCGAAGAGAAACUCAUCUCGUCGGCCAAGCAGGUGGCUGCCUCCACGGCGCAGCUCCUGGUGGCCUGCAAGGUGAAGGCUGACCAUGACUCAGAGGCCAUGAAGAGGCUCCAGCUUCCCCUUGCUGCAGGGCUGCAGUGA